UGAACGCUCUCGAAAACUCGAUCGUCACGAGUGCUUGAAUAUGUUUGAAUGAACAUGCCUCAAAACUCCUGUCUUGAACUUUCCGCAGGAGUUCACAUAGGAGGAACUAAUGUCGCCGUUUUCCUGACCCACUUAAAAAACCGCAAGGAAUUUUUUUGUUCUGAGAUAAUCUUGUAUUUCCUUUCGCUGUAACGCCAUCGUCCUUUCCUCACGCGAAGGGCACCUGAUAGGCAAAUUGAUUCGCUCGUUGCUAAUUUAAUAGCCCCGCAUAGCGGACAGAAUUGGAAUCACUUGGACAAGACUUUUGCUGAACUUGUCAUCCAAGCAUGUGAUUGUACACACGAGCAGUUCAGGUUGACGAAGAAAGAGAGCCGUUGUUCGGACGACAACAACCAGUUGUAUGCUUGAAUUAACACACUACUGAUUCAAUAUGGGUUAUUUUGGAACUGCACGGAUGUCUUUGAUCCUCUCAGCUUGUUAACGACGUUUUAUUUGGAUUUGCUACUGGUUAUUUUAUUUCAAUUUGCUUCGAACGUCUAAUCGAAGGCGCCGAUAUACGUUGUUCUACAAUGGCUUCAUUGAAAGUAGCCGUUCGUGCUCGCCCGUUAAACAACAGGUGAAUUCGUUUGUUCAGUGUGCUUUUUGCAUCGUUGCUUUCAAAAUUUCAUUAGUUUUGUGGAAAAAUGAAACGUUGUGUAGCUAAUCUCACUUUUUUUGUUCAUCAUGCAGGGAAUUAGAGCUCGGUUCUAAAUGUAUUAUUCAGAUGGAGGGUCAGAAAACAACAAUUUUCAACACUAAGGUAAGGUUGUUGACGGCGUACCUAUAAAUUAUUACUAAAGCUUAUUUAGGGAAGUUAACGUUUGUGUCUGUCUUUUAACCGAAAGUGAAAUAAGCUGAAGUCAUUAGCGCUAUCCCCAAAAAUUCCGUGUCAUGUGCUGACGUGAUUUUAUAUUUACGUGCAUUUCGUAGAGAUCUCCUAUUCUCGAAAUCUGCUUGGUUAAGAUCUUUAAUUUCUAUUUUAAGUACUCUACAUACUGCUGUCGAGCUUGUGUAAACAUUUCUUCUGUCUUCUAAAAUACCCCUAAUCCCGAGAUUUAUUCGACGUUUUUUUUAAUUGGAGCGUUUUAUCCGUAUAAAGGCAAACGUGGAUUUGAAGUUCUUUCGGUGUGGUUCAGGAUUUUCCUUGAAUGGAAAUGCUUCCAUAAUAAAUACUAAGCUAAAAUAAAGUACCUCUUUCUGGCGUGAUAAUCCCCCAAGUAUCCUGUUUCAAAUUUGUCUAUUUACGAUCUAUUUAGAAGGCGGACGUCAGUACUGUAACAAGAUAAAAAGCAAUUUUAUUCGUAUUUUCAUUUGCAAAAACUUCAAACGUUCCAAAGUUUCUUCUGUCAGUCGACUCCAUAUCUUUGCAAGUGUUUCGCUUCGAUUUUCAUUUCCCAUGUCAUUCAUUGACGUGUGAAGUAUUCAAAAGGCCAAGUAAUAAAAAUAAUAAUAGACGAAUAUUAAGGUGGAGUUUGUGAGUUGCUGCAAGAAAAAGCUUGCUUUAUAUUAUCAUUUUCGUCUCUAAUGUUCAUUAUAGUUGUGUUUCUUCCUUGCCCUGCACUCAAAAUAAAUUGCUCUUUUACUCGCUUUGAAAAUCAUUGUUCUGUGGUGCAUUUGAAAAAAAAAAAAAGAAAACACGUACGUUGUACCACUCACGAGAUUGUCGAAGUUGUUAAUAUAAGCUUAAAUUGCACUGGAUUGUUUGUUUGACGAAAGGAAUUAAGAAGAUAUAUGCCACAACGUGCCACCUGGUUAAUUACUUCAGCUUCUUAAAGGACAAAGUUCGAUUGCUUGCGGUCAACCAUGUGAACUUGUGAAUGUAAUGCUAUAACCAUAACAAAAUUCUACACUUUGUUGUUCUUGCUAAAAAGUUUACUAGUUAGGAGGAAAGUGCUAAUGUUGUACUUAGCUUUGUUGUACGUGUUGCUAUUUUUCGUCGACACUGUUGAUUAGGAAAAAGUCUCAGCAUGAUCAAUAUUUUUCUUGCUGUGACUUGAUGUUACGUAGCUCUGUAUAAUUUUUUGUUUAUAUGUUCAUUUGUUUAUUACAAUUUUGAACUAUUCUGACAGCCACUACAGUGCGUCUAAUUCCAGUUAAAAAAAUAUAAAUUCUUUGAUUUUAUGGCGUUUAUAAAAGUUAAGGUUUCUUGGAAGCUUAAUUAAAAUAAUGUGAAACAAGCUGAGAGGUCUUAACCAAAAAAAUUGUACUAAACAAAUAGUACAAAUGCACUCAUGGGAAAAUUUAAACAAGUUUUCCUUGGAAAUUUUGACAAAAUACCAUUUAUAAUUUAUAAACUAAUUUCAUGAUAUUAUUAUUGUCACUGAUGCAUUUUAUGAUAAUAUUUUUUUUCUUAUAGUAAAGCAUUAAUUUAUUAAGUCUUCUAGACGGGCCCAACAUCUGAAUUUCACUUUGAUAGGCAAUUAGUGUGGUAACACGAAUCGUGGAUUUUUGUAUGUAAUUCUGCAUUUGCAAAAUGUCUGAAUCCAUGACCUUAACAGAACUCACACUGGUGUCAGUCUAAUAUAAUUAUUUGUAUUGAAAGGUCGGUUAAAUAUGUGUGAGAGAAAACAUCUAUUGUUGGGGAACAUUUUAGAAAUAACUAAAAUGAGGGCCUGUUGUUUGUUUCCACGACACAUGAUAUUGUGUGUGACUGAUAUCAACUUAGACAUACUUUGAUGCAAAGAACCUUCCAAAAAACACUUAAGCUGCUAUAUUGCACUUGAUUCUGUGAUCAUAAUAUUGAGAGAGAUGCAUUUUUUGUGGUGAGCAGAAAUGAACCAUGUUAAUUUCCAGUUUCCUAAAUUAUUUCUUUGUGAUGAGUAUCCCUUUGAUUAUAAACAAAGCAAGUUCCAUCUUAUAAUUAUUAUGUCAAGAAGAAAUUCUAGUUACAAUAAUUGUGUGAAGUGGGUAUUUCUUAUCAUAUAAAGACCAUGUGUGUGCGCAAUAUAAUGAUAUAAACUUGACCUAGUUUAUAUAAUUAUUAUGAGUCACCAGUUCUGCAUUGUAACAUAUUUUCUGACCAUUAUUAGCCUAUGAUUAAAGUUCAGCUGAGUGAAAUAAAAUUCAGUCCAGAUUGAAUUGAUCCUUCUGUUGAUCAUGCAUUCUCCACUGCAUGUUCAAAUACAUUUAAUUUUAUAAAUAAAGUAAUAAUUUGUUAUUAUAUUAAGAUGAAAAAGAACAAAAAAAUCUCAGGUUAACCAGUCCAACAUUCAGUAGUUGAACCUAACUGAACUUGACAGCCUUUGGAUUGAUAUUGCUGUUGAGUUUGUCGAUAGACCAUUUUACAGUUGUGGGCGUAGUAUCCUAGCCUUUGAGUGAACGUGAUGCUUAACUUGAUCUUGUUUUGAUACAAACCUCUUUCUUUUCUUAUGGAAAUUGUGCUUAAAAAUACUAGUUGGCAUAAAAACAACAUGAUUUACGUAAUAAAGCAGGAAGGGUUGUAUCAAAACAAGGUCAACUCCAGCCUCAUUUUCAGCCGUAACUGUCAAAAUAAUGGACUAUUGAAAAACAAUCAGGAAACUCAUCAACACAUUUUGCCAGUUAAUUGUUCAAUAUUAUCAGGGUUUGAGCUAGGAUUUGAUCACUGGGGGACAAUUUGUCCCCUUGGCUAAAAUUUUGGGGGACAUUUUCAUUUUUAGGGGGACAGAAAUUUGUACACCCUUCUGCUGAUGCAAAGGGGUUUGUCUUCUUAGAGGGGCUUCUAAUAGGUCUCGGAAGAAAAAGUCGAAUUUCGCGGGAUUUUUAGGAACAAAUUCGCGGAAAAAUCGGCCGAUUUCGCGGGAGUUUUCGGUGCAAACUUCACCGAAAAGAAUCGGUCAAAAACGGCCGAUUUUGUGGUUAUUUUCAAGGCAAAUUAAGCUAGAAAUCGAUCGGUUUUGCGCUGAUCAGACCAGCCUUUUUAACGUUUUUCUAACACAGGUCAUCAUUUGCUCUUUCAACAACAAUAUGCUCCAGAAAUGAACCAAUGGCAAAGCCUUUAACAUCAUGGCUAGUGCCCAGUCUUUCGUAACAUAAUCUGUUUGCACUUUCAGUGACGAAGUUCCGAGAUAAAUUUGCAAGUUUAUGGCAAGUAAAUAGCCCCUAUAGCUGAAAUAAGUUUCAAAUAUGUUGUAAAGACAUGUAUUUGAUAAGAUUUCUACCUAAUUUCGCGGUAUUUUUCGUGUUUUUGUGAACUUCGCGGCUCCGCGACCGCGCGAAGAAUCAGAAGCCUCGUCUUAGAUUUUCGACAAAAAUAGCAGUAGAGCAUGACUGAAACGUAACUUUGGAAUGAACUUUACAGGUCCGAUAAAAUAUACUUUCCACGUUCUGUUUCAGCUUGCAAUUUCUGUACUGAAAUAAAUCUCUUCGUGUGUGCUUCCUUUCGAGUUUUUUCCCUAAAUUUUGAUGGGGACAAAUUGUCCCCUUGGCCGUUUUUUAAAGGGACAAUUCCAAUUGCAGUGCGGGAUUGGCGCAAUGGCGCGGCCUGGCUCAAACCCUGAUAUUAUGGUAAAAACCCACAACUAAGAACCAGCAUUUUCCCAAGUUAGCCCAAACAGGUUCUUAGAUAAAUGGUAAUAAGGUCAAAUUUAGGUUCCUGUUUUCUGCUUUUUGUAGCUAACAGUACUUCAUUAGUGCUCUUCAGCUUAUUCCUUAUAAAAAAUAUGCCAGUACAAUGCAGUUGGAGUGAUAAGGCACCUGUCUCCAAAGAGGAACCUGUUUCAAAUUUUAGGCUAAACAGGUUCUUCUAUAGAGGGGGCCUAACUGACAAAUUGUAGCCUAACGGGUUCUUAAAAAACAGGUUCUUAGUCGCGGGUUUUUAUUGUAUUUAACCUAAUGAUUGGUCAAUUGAGCAACCAAACUACUGAUAAUUUACUAAAUGAUACAAACCACUUUUAAGAACUAUUACUCGUAUACUAGUAUAUCACAAAUUUUGUGAUAUACUAUAUCCUUUGAUGACUUUACAUGUACAAGAAGCAUUUGAGUUUUGCUGGAGCUCUUGCCCAGGAGAAACUUAAAAUCGGACAAAUUUAGAUUUGGAACCCCCAGCCCAUGACUGCCAGAUUUAUGUAAACAUUGAUCUACGUCACCAGUACAAAAUUCUGUUGCUAAGGUGCAGAUCUCCCUCCCUGUGAAAUGCCCUAUAAAAGUGGCAAAGAGCAAUGAGAGACAGCUGUUUUUGCAGGCUAGCACUCCCUAACCUUUGGUUAUUAUGUACUAGCUGUUUAUGUAUUUUUUUAUAUAUCUGUUUUUAUCUGCAGCUGUAUGGGGAGGCUGGAAUGGAGGGUGACAAAGGACGCGAUUAUAAGAAAGAGUUCUUCUUUGAUUACUCAUACUGGUCAGCAGAUCCAAAAGAUGGACACUUCAUCAAACAGGAACAGGUAAAAGAAGGCAUCGUUUGGUUUGCCUUUACUUUUGAUCGUGACUUUUCAACCAACUACUGAUGGUCCACUCCCCAUCAGGUGAUGUUGUUAUUGUAUAAUUCAGAAUAAGGAUGGUGUUGGGUGAAAUGUGCAUCUACCUUUAUCCUUCAGCUAAACAGGGCUGGGAGUGCCUAUAUCUGAAGGUGGGAUCUUAUUUGGGCAAUCACAGUACCAUAUUUCUUGAAUAAUGGCUGUCCCUCAAGCAAAUGCUUCCAUCAAACAUUGCACCCCCCCCCCUCUUGCCAUCUCCUCUUUUUUUAUCCCCUUGCUGUCAAGUUGAAGUGAAGUUUGAUACAGCCAAACUGAUCAGUGACGAUUCAAGCUCUGAAGAUUAAUCAAAGAACCAUAUUUAAUUCGGAACACUUAAAAAGCCCAUAAUAAGUUCAGUUUAUUUGAUGUGAUUUUUUUAUUUAAUGAGAUAAUAAAACAAAAUAUUUUGGGCACAACCUCCAGUGAGCAAUAUUUGAAAUAAUCGUCUCCCUCGAAUAAUCUCCUUCCCUUGAAUAAUCGCCCCCUUUUGGUGUGAAAAAAUAAUAGUAUUUUGAGCUUGUGUCAUGACAACACAUAAAUAAUCUUCAGUGAAUUAUUUCUGACAGUUUAUUCUAAUCAUUUUGAACUUCAAAAUGCACAGCAUCGUGAUGACGCUGAAAGGUCUGCAUAGUUUAUUAUAUCAAGCCUGAUAUAGAGGGCAGAGAAUUGAACAACCAGGGAGUCCUUUGGUUCUUUUCUAGUUGGGGUUUAUCCUUAGAGUGACCAAGGGAAAUUUCCUGUCUGAUCCAGCCUUUGGUGACAGUCUUGCAUACAAAUAUUAAUUUUGUCAUAACUAUCAGGGUUUUCAUUAAGAAUUCUUGUAGCAGGAGAAAGAUGUAAUGUUACUGGAGAAUAUUUUGAAAGCGGCUCCACAUCUUAUAAAAAAACGUCCUAGGCUACCGGACAUUAGCCAGAGAAUUCAGUGUAAAAAACAGAGAAUUCUCUGAUUUCCGAUGCUUAAUGACCCCUCUGAACUAAUUCUACAAUAUUUUGCAGGUCUUUAAUGAUCUUGGGCAGGGAGUAUUAGAUUCAGCAUUUGAAGGAUAUAAUGCCUGUUUAUUUGCUUAUGGUCAGACAAGUGCUGGGAAAACAUACACAAUGAUGGGAACCAGUGUAAGUACAAACUCUUUCCUUCAUAGUUUGAUGCUAGUGGACAAAACACUGAUGCCCAGUCCAUGGAUUGGCUCAAUGUACUAUACCCAUAAACACAAUAAUAAACCUCUUGAAUAGACUUGAAUGGAAGGUACAUGUACAUUAAGUUACUAGCAGUGAAUUUAGUCAAAAGGUAGUCUAUAUGGGUAGUCCAUCGGGACUGGGGAUUAGUAUUUCGUGUAUCACCUAUUCUGACUGUCAUUUGAGUACCAACUGCUUAGUUGUUAGAAAUUUCAAGUGUUCCAUGGCAGUUUAACUUUGUAACAUUUCUAAUUCUGCGUUGAUCAUCAGUUAGCUCUCCAUUUCAAGUCGCGUGCAGAGCAAGGUGCAAAUAACACGCAAGCGAGCAGCCCACUCGUUGCACACACUCACACAUCCUUUCGCAUGCAGCUCUCGCAUGACUUCUCACAGCUCCCCCAAAAAGAGAGUUUGCUUGCAGGCUUGUCCAAUUUCCCUUCUCCUGCCAGGUAUGUCAGUAGUUAAUGACACACUUCAUUCACUUUCAGGAGGAGAUUGGACUUAUUCCAAGGAUAUGUAAGGUACUGUCAUGAUUACUUCAUUUUUGUUUUUUAACUGCAGCUAAUAAAAAUCCCAAGUCUUUUAGAAGCAAGUUUAUUUCAGCAAACUUACCAUCAUCUUGUUAUCCAGUCCAGCCUUCUCAUCAUAGCAAUUUGUACGUCCUUUUUUUCAGGGGUUGUUCCGGUACAUUGAUAAGAACACAUCACUGAACUCUUCAUUCAGGACUGAAGUCAGGUAAUUUAGAUUACUUUAAAUCCUCUAUUAAGCCCCCCCUCUCAAAUAACACCCCUCCCUGUAAUAACCCGCCCCCCUGCCUUUUCUUGGGAAGAAAGUUAAAUAGCCUCCGCUUUCCCUCUCCUUUAUUAUUCUUCACUAAUAAAUGAUAGACUGUAUUAAUCAAUCACUACCGUAAAACUUUGUGUGGACUGAUUAGGGAUGGUUUACUUUACCAGCUGGAAGUUUGGAUUUGAUUCUGAUCCUCGGCUUCAUGACCUAAAACUUCAUUCUUGUACUUGAGCUUUUCCACUUUGUAUUCUAGUUCUUUAUGGAGAACUGAUACCAUUGUCAUUUCUUAAUAGUUUAUUAAAUAAGCCCCACGUGUCUAUUAAGCCAGUCGGCUGUUAACCCCCCCCCCCCCCCCCCUCAAAUGGGCUUGAAAUAAAUUAGCCCCCGGUGGGCUUAAUAUUAAUUUUACAGUAGGCAAGAUUGAUUUUUGAUCCUGUUGCCUUGAACAGUAAAUAGUUUUUAGCACAGAGAAAAAAUUAAAUACCUGAGCAUCAUGAGAAUGUACAUGUACUGUUUUGGUUUCAUGUUAAAAAGUUUCAAAUUUUUAUGGUGAUGGUACAUGGAACAAUAAUUAUUUGCAACAACAGUUUGUAGCCCAAAAACAUUGUUGUGGCAUUGUUUUGAAUGGUUGCAACAUUAUUCCAAUGUUGUUGUGCCAUAAAUUGCCAUUGCGAAUUGUACCGUUUAACAUAACCUUUAAAAGUCAUUACACCAUAGGAUUUCAACACAGUCACUCAAAAGUUCUCGAGAGCUUCCUGUAGAAAUUAUCUCGAUGUCCAUCAGUUUGGCUUUAUUUAGCCAGUUCAUAUAUGAUAUAACUUGUCUGCUUUACCUGUUUUUAUUUAUUUUGUUUUCAAUUAAUAAUCAAAAGACAUGUGAGAAGUCUCUUGAGCUGUACUGAAUUACUAGCUUUUCGCCUAAUACGUCAACCUUCUUUAUCAAAUAAGCUUUAGAUUCAUAGACCCAAAAACCAAAGCUACAUAAGAAUUGAAACUGUAAAGAAAUUAAGGCGAGACGAGAAAAAUUGGGAAAAUUUUUGUUCUACUCUAUCUAGCUACUUGGAAAUUUACAAUGAGCAUGUGCGUGACCUGUUGAGGCCACAGAAACUUAAGAAGCUUCCUCAGCAAAACUUGAAAGUUCGUGAACAUCCGAAAGAGGGUCCAUAUGUCGAAGGUAGGUGACAAUAUUUAAAAGUUAUGCAUUUGAAAUCUGCAUUUGGUAAAGGCAGUUUUGUUUUCUGGUAGAAAAUCCAUUUUCUUAAUUGGGUUGUCUUUAAAAUGUGUGUUUUUUUGUUGUUGCAGGAUUAACAAAGCAGCAUGUGUCUGAUUUAGACUCAAUUGAAGUUCUUAUUGAACAGGGAAACAAGCUCAGGUUUGUACUGUGGUGCUUGCAGAUAUUUCUUGUCGAAGUGCAAAAGUUAAGUUCUUUCACAUUUUUAACAAGCUUUCAGCUCACCUAGAAGCCACAUGGAUAAAUAAAUAAAUGAUUAUUCAAUGUUCCAUUGUUAAAUACCAGCCAGGUAGUUAGACCUAGUGACUGUUCCUAAGCUACUUAGGGAGAAGAAAUUAGCCCUUUAAGUCCCAAUGGUGACCAACAGCAAUUUUCUCCUAACGAUAUCCAUACUUUAUCAAGAGAUGAGGUUAUGAGAAUUAAUAAAGUGAUCACCUAAGAGAAAAUACUUUGAUCUUUCAUCAAAUUCUCUUAACUAAUUCUUAAAGGAAAUGUAUGGAGAUCAGUUUGGAGAAUUUGUAUGUGGAUAUUGGGGCUUAAAGGCUUAAUGCUUUGUAAUACAAAGGAAGGAAAAAACAAGCAAUUACAUAUAAGCAAACAGACAAAUGAAAAUGUUCACACAAUGCAUCUUGUUUGAGUCUCAAAUAUAUGGGAUAUGUUUGAAUUUAAUUAUGAUGUUUUCUGUUUUCAGAGCAACUGCCUCAACGAGGAUGAAUAACGCAAGCAGUCGUUCCCAUGCCAUUUUUACAAUAAAAUUCACUCAGGUAAGAAUUGCCUUUAAUGAAACUUACAGAGUAUUUAAGAUGUAAAUUAAAGCUGAAUUGCCUGGGGGGUGGGGUAGUUUAGGAAUUUUGGGGCGGGAAUGUGCUGCUGGGACCCUGGAACCCUUCGCCUAUACCAGAACUAUUUCAGCUGAAUUUUGCUACCCAACACUAGACUAAACUGCCCAAAUGCCCCCGCCCACCCCAUCCUACAGUAGCUUAUAGGCUAAGUUGUGUAAAUUUAAACUUGCCAAUUUGAUUUUUUUUAUAUUUUUGACUGGCGAUUCCUGGUUUCCCUUGUCUAGACUAAAAUCUUCAACUAAUUGAUCAGUUUCCCUGAAAAUGAUACCCUAUUCUAGACCCACGCAAACUCUCUGAUUUAUAUACCCUAUGAACUUAACUGCAGUAUAACCUUAGCCUGUUUACAGGCAUUCAGUUGUUGAAGAGUGAUGCGAACUGGAGAGUGUUCGAUAAAAAAGAAGGAAUUGAAAGGAUGCUACCCCCAUUCCCUGUGCUGUGUUUUCUUGCUCACUAAUUUCUUUGCAUUGUCCCCUCUUUCUGAAUUCCUGGUACAGGCUUGUAUAACUUCCAUCAAGGUGACAGUAAAACAAAUCAAGAUGAAAAGUUUUUGAAUAGGAAGUGGCUUGCACUUAUUUUUCCACCAUGUAUAACUCCAAGGUAGUCCAAGGAAACGGUAGAAGGGGAUUUUAUGUGUGAUGUAUUGAGGGCAUUUUAAUUCUAAUUAGUCAAGUUUUCUGUUAUACAACUUGUUUAUACUAAAUCAUGGUAUUUUUAGGCCAAGUUGAUAGGAGACAUGCCAAGUGAAACCAUCAGCAAGAUCCAUCUGGUUGAUUUGGCCGGCAGGUUGGUAUAUUACACUGCAUUUAAGCCAGUAGCAUGUAGAAUAUGCAGAGAAAUAGUGGGUCCUGUUUCUAAAAUAAUUUUAUUUAGUUUUUAUGCAGUAAACUCACUUGGUAGAUGGAUAGGGGUUUCAGAGUCUCAGUGGUAACUGGAGGGGAAGAUGCUGCAAUGUAUUGCAAUUCCGUGUAGUUUUUGUUGCUCGUGUGAGAUACUUAUGGUGCCCCAACUUGAGUGACUUAGGCUUUCUGAUGGUCGUGACAGCGUGGCAACUGGGUCCUGGUGGUACAAGGUCAUGUGACCACCACGGCGUUGUUGGACGAGUGUGGGGUGGUAGUGUGUGCAAUUGAGAAUAGUAGCAAAUCUAGUCGCUUGUAUACUACGGGAGCUGGGGAAACCUAGUGGGUUUGAUACAGUUCCAAACUGGCGAGUUGGUGAUAAAGUCAGUGGUUUUUUUUUUUUUGUUUUUGCUUUUCUGUGACAUAUUUUCUUUUUCUUAGCGAGCGUGCAAGCGCAAGUGGAGCCGUCGGUGACAGGUUAAAGGAAGGAGCCAACAUCAACAAGUCUCUUGUUACUUUAGGAAUUGUCAUAUCCACUCUUGGUGAAUACAAAAUUUCAUUUUUUGUUACGCCUCUAAAUCUCACUUAAGCUUUUCAUACAGUUACUACAAAAACGACUUUAUCUGGCGAGCAAGCUCUCAUCUUCUCUUGGGGGAUAUCUAGCAUGGGAGCAUGCCCUCUCCCUAUUAUCUGUUUAUACCUUUUGCCGAAGGAGGCCAAAAAACGCCUGAUCGCAGCUUAGGGGAUGUCGUGAGAAGCCAUGCGCGAGCGCGAGAUCGCGAGAGCGAGGGGCAAGAUUAGAAAGGAGCCCCUCGCCGCUUAGUCUCCCUCGCAGCCGUUUUUUGGACGUCACGCAACGCUCCCCCAAAAGAGUGGGGAGCGUUGGGUGACAUCCAAAAAACGGCUGCGAGGGAGACUACUCGCGGCUUCACCGCUUGCUCGAGCGUUCUCCCGCAGGUCGCUUCCCUCGCCACUCGGAACGGAAAUUUUUUUGCAGGCUAAGUAUUGGCGCAAGAUGGGCUCCCUCGCGCGUCCUUUUUGUUGCCCCUUCAAACGUCUGUCACACAGGAUAUACAUGUAGUAUUUAUUUCUCUUUUAGCUGAGAACUCCAUUAAUUCUUCCACGACAUCCAAGCGACCAUCUUUUCGGAAAAAGCUAUUCGUACCAUACAGGGACUCCGUGUUGACAUUUCUACUCAAAGACAGUCUCGGAGGAAACUCAAAAACUGUCAUGAUUGCAGGUGAGCAUAUUGGAAUAAGUUCUUUUUGAUAAGCGAUGACUGAAGAGAAGUGCCCAAACUCGCUUGUGUCGUAACAGUCCUGUCCAUUUUGUAUGUUAUUGCAAAUAACUCGCCGGCUUACACGCUACAAAAUUGAACGUUUCGAAAUCACAGGUUCGUGGAAAACAAAAAUGUCUCCCAAUCGUAAAAAUGUUCUAAACAACAGAGAUAAGCUCUCAAAAAACUGGUAGGUUAGCAAGUUUUGGGGAGCCCCAUUUGCAGUCAAUUUUUGUCUUCAAUUUUGUCCACCCUUGCCCUGUUUUGAAUUUGCUGUUUUAUUCAAAGCUCCCUCCAAUGUUUUAAGUGUUUUUUUUAUGGUUUUGCUCAAUUUGGCAGCCAGUUCCGCCUUUCUGAAUUUGUCUUAAUUUCGUCACACAGCUCCUUUAAUAUUCUUCUCCCUUUUUCUCAGCGAUUUCGCCAGCUGAAUGCAACUAUGGAGAAACACUCAGCACUCUGCGAUAUGCACACCGAGCGAAGAGUAUUAUUAACACACCAACAAUAAAUGAGGUAAAGUUAAGGAACAAAUUAGUGAUGGUAAUAGGACUGAGUGGAGUGCAAUUCAGGGAGUAACCCGAUUACCAUUGAACUGUACGACAUGAAGUCCUAUUACCAACUCAGGGGUUUCAAUAAGCACCGACGGCCGACGAAACGCGUCGGCUACUUUGCUCGUAGAGGUUGGCUACUUUUUUCUAGAAAGAAGAAGCAACUAAUUUGAAAAACGUUAUAAACAAACAAAUAUAUCAAAAAAUCUGAAUGAAAAAGUAAUUAUGGUGUAUUUUCAUAAAGGUCAACUGGUUUUACGUUAUGCUUUAGUACGUAAUUUAUUUUUCAUCAAUUUUUCAUUGCUUGUAGGAAUUGAUCCCCAGACCCCCACCCCUGCUAGAAUAAGGGGAGCAACAGCCCCUUGUUGAUACAGUCGGUUACUCUAUUCAAGCCUGCUGGCUACUUCAAUUUUUAUUGAAAUCCCUGCAAACUAGUUGUGUCAAUAACAAAAUGCGAGAAUCUCAGUCUUGGAAUAUUUGUUAAUGUAAAUAAAAGUCACUGGACCAGUAAGGUCACAUCCAUUUUUCUUUUCCAGUUGAAGCUGGACAGCUUACCUGGUCAAUAUUUUUUCAUUGAUUUGGAUUGGUUAUUGUGUGCUAUGUAGUAUAAGUUUCAUUGGCCAGUGGCAUUUGCUACUUGAGUUUCAUUGGUUCUUUAACUGUCCGAUUUGACCUGUCUGAUUACAAGCUCAUGGUAAUCAGACAGGUCAAAUCGAACAGUUUUUUACCAAUAUUGACCAGUUCCACGUGAAUGAACUGUGUCCGGUGAAAUUUUUCAGCCGGUUGAAAAUUCGUCCGGUGCCUUAAUCCUGAUUUAUUUUUUUCUGUUUUGCAGGAUCAAAAUGUGAAGUUGAUUCGAGAUCUCAGGCUUGAAAUUGAACGUCUUAAAGGAAUUAUAAGGAGCUCAGAGAAAACGGGAGAUCAGGUAGGUUGGUUUGAAACCGGUGCUGAUGUAAAUUGCCCUUAGUGUAACAAUCCAUAAUUUUUUGCCUUAAGAAAACCGCCGUUACUGACACCGCGAAAGCUGCGAAAAAGCUUAGCGAAAACCAAGCCCGCGUGGAACAGCUGACGAUGGAAUGGACUGAGAAAUGGAAGGAGGCGCAAUCCAUCAUGCAGGUUGGUGGGGCUGUGACCAUAAGGAAGAUCCGGAUUAGGGUGGGGAGGACAUUUCUUCUUAAGGCUGUUUUUCACUUGCUUUAGAGUCGGCGUCCUCAGUAAUCAGAAGCGUAGAGAGUUAUGAUCUAGUGAAAGUCAGUGUUCUGAUUCCGAUUAUCACUCCGUCGCUGAAGCCCAUAACCCGGAGCGAGCAACUUCCAUGCGCUCUUGUCACGGCGUUUUUCGCGGACCAGUUUAUUUUUAUAACGGAUUUGGCGUGAAUUUUGCAAUCUUUUAAAUUCCACAUACCAGUCAGCAAAACUUACAGACCUGAAAAUGAUAUUUUUUGCCUUUUAAUAACGUUUAAUUUUCCUUUCUGAUGUCUUACACCUCCAGUGCGCUCAUAGACAUGGUGUAGAUUCUAUUUUCGCGGGAAAAAGUGCCCUAAAGUGUGUCUAAAAAUAAACUGGUUCGUACAAACGCCGUGACAUGGGCCUGGUAUAGUUGUUGCUCGCUCCGGGUUAUGGGCUCCUGUCCGUCGCUUAUGAUUUAGUGAAAAUUACGUUGUCGACGUCGCAAGCAGAAGCGGAAGAACUAAACCAAUUACAAAGCGUAGGUACGAACAUUGUGAUUGGUUUAUCUUUCCGCUUCUGCUUCCGACUCCGAUAAUCUGGUUUUCACUGCAUCGAGGCACCUCCAUACAAAUCCUUGUAUUUCCAACGUUAGCUAACACAGGACAGUGCCGAUGGUCAUAUUUCGGGGCUGGGCCAUCUGUGUUAAAACCUACGGAUUUCCUUAAGGGCAACAAAGUACAAGCGAGGGAUCAAGAGAACCGGAAAGAGGCAGUUCUUCCUCUGCUCGUUCGCUCCUUCCUGUUUGGCAGUAACAGCUUGUUUUCACCUCUAACUGAAAAGGGACGGCCAGCAGUCUAAUGAAAUAUUUGGUUUGUUUUGCAGGAGAGCGAACUGCAGCUCCGUCGGCAUGGCUCCCGUGCAGUUCUUGUUGAUCUUGAGCUUCCGCACUUGGUUCGCUUAGAAGAAGAUCCAUUGAGAACUGAAAUAAUGCUUUAUCGUAUCAUGGUAAGUAAUAAAGUCGUCUUUGUUCUUGGUAAAAACAAAACAACACCAAAAAAUAAAAACGCUUAGCAGCGUUGUUAGAUACCCUGCGAAAACAGCCGUUUUUAGUGUCGUCACGCAACGCUCCUCCCCACUAAGGAGGAGGAGCAUUGCGUGACGACACUAAAAACGGCUGUGUAGCAGACUACAGCGUUGGUAGAUAGCCUGCCAAAACAGCCGUCUGUCCUGGCGAAACGUCCCAAGCGGCCAGAAGAGACCAGUGUCGGAUCCAGAUCUCGAGAUAAGGGAGGGGGGGCGUUAAUCCAGUCUCUUCGAAAAGCGGGGGCGGUCUCCAAAAAAAUUUUUUCGGCCCUUGGGGCCUCAGUUUGGUCUAAAAAUUAUGGGGGCAGGGCCCCCCAGGGUCCUCUCCUGGAACCGCCACUGGAGACGACUGUUUUCGAAGGCUAGUUGGUAGAGCGCUGGACUGCAGAGCGGGAUCUCAUUGGUUUGAUUCCCGGGGCAGGACUAAUAGUCAUGGGUCUCAAAAUAACUCAGAAAUAGGAUCAAUAUACUGCCUUUGCUUGGUGGUUCGUGACCACGUGGAAAUGGCUUUCUCGUACUAAUACUUUGUGCCAGAUACAUUGACUCGCGAUUUUAUAGACUGCGAGCAGUCUCUCUUUUUCUUCAGAUUUAGUAAGGGGAGUGCACGCGCGCGCGAACGUUAAGCGCCGAAGCUGCGAGACGCGAGAAACGAGGGCGGCAGCCCGAGAAGUAAAAACAGAGACCGCUCUCUUUUGUCGUGCCUCUCCCGUCACGCGCGUUGUCAUUUGCGUGUCUCGGGCGUUUUGCUCGACGGACCAAGAAAAAAGAGAGACUGCUCGUAGUCUAGCCUCCCACGCUGGCGUUUUUAGGGGAGCUCGUAUUUCUUCCCUCCCCACAAACGCCUGCUCAACGGAAAACAACAUUCCUUUUCUCAUUGUUUUCUUUGCAUGGUAAGUGACCAAUCAACAAUUGUGCAAUUAAGUGUUGACAGGCUAAACACGACUGAACGUGACCUUGGAGUUACCGUUUUCCUUCUUUUCUUUCCUUCGCUAAGGUUAUGCAGUGCACGGAGUAUUCUGAAUUUUGACUAAUUUUUAUUUUUUGCCGCUCUGAAUCUAACAUUUAUUGCAGGUCAGAAAGCUUUCCCAGUGUUUAAUGCAGAUUGAGUAAUUAUCAGAUUACCUUGCGGUCAAAGUCAACUUUCCAGAAUUUGGAAAGUACAGUGUGAUUGGCUAAGCUUGGGAAAGGAAUGUUAUCUUCAGUUGAGCAGGCGUUCGUGGGGAGGGAAGAAAAACGAACUCCCCUAAAAACGCCUGCGUGGGAGGCUACUCGUAGUCUAGCGAUUUUUUCCAUUUCGGAUAAAUUGCGAACUACGAAGUAAGAUGAUUUGAAGCCCAUGCAUACUUUAGGUGGCCAUGAUUUCUGCCUACAGUCUUAACUGACAACCCUUCAGGACGGAAAUUACCAUAAAACGAGCACCUGCCGUUUUUCAACAAAAUAUCAUUUGUGUCUUUUAUUGCCCACAGCCUGGUAAAACGCAUAUCGGACUAGAAAACGCUCCAAACCCUCAAGACAUCGGUAAGUCUCCUCGAACAAGCAAAGACUGAUUCUUCUCUUUCUUACUUUUUCUUCCCUAAAUAUCACGGGCAACCCCGGCAUAACAAACACCUCCUUAAAACUCACAGCUAGAGUUGGAUCCUGCUGUUCUUCAGGCCUUCUCUAAAACAAAUACAAAUACAACAUAACAGGACUAAAAACCGCAACUGGCAGGAGGCCACCAGUUGGUUAUUUACAAGCGUGGCCGAGGAUUUGAACUUGGGACGACCGAGAACAACUUCCAGCAAGUGACCAGAGCGGGACUCGAACCCGGGACCGCCGGAUUGCGCGUCCGACGCGCUGACCACUCGGCCACGCUGCCUCCUCCUAAGAAGGUCGUCACUUGUUUCCAUCCGCCAAACUGACAUGUUCCUCUCAGUAGAUCUCACAAGACAUUUCACUUUUCUUACAUGAAAUUUCUCUGUCUCUUGAAAUUUCUGUUCGUAAAAGUCUAAGUCUCUUCAGUUUUUAAGGAAAAGGAAAUCAAAAUGGCACGAGGAGGAUUCGAUCUCGGAGCAUCGGCCCUGCUCUGCAUUACUUUAACCCCUACACCAACGAGGAUUUCCUGACAAUAAAUGGUGUGAUUUGUAUAGGUAAUAGCAUGAUUUGUAGUGAUAUUUGGCAUAAAUACCACUAGUGAUAUUUCGAAAUUGUUAUACGUAAUUUCACGAGCCUUUAGGCGAGUGAAAUUUGAGACAAUUUUGAAAUAUCACGAGCGGUAUUUAUGCCAAAUAUCACGUACAAAUCAUUCUAUUAUUUGUUUAUACUACCACCCGCAAAAGGUUUGUAAUUUUCACAUGUAGGUAUUUCAAAUUAAGCUGAAAUACCACUGCUCUAAGCCAAUCAAAUUGCAGAAAUUUCUCAUGUAGUAGUAUGAGAAUAUAUAUAGCAACAACCCUAACCCUAACCCUAACCCUUACUUUUUGUACGAAUCAUUAAUCUGUCAACGUCAGUUUGGCGGAUGGAAAUAAGUGUUGACCUCCUAAGAACUGCUCCUCUCUGUAAGGCGGCACCUACCUAAGGCGUGCCGCACUAAGUGUUACCCUCACCGAUGUUUUUUUAAGAGAGAGAGAAUUUAAUUUUGUUUCUCUUCUUUUAAUGCUGUUAUUCGUUUAAUACACGUAGAGAGUUUAAGUGGGCGCCAGGUCAACUGGAGAUGUAAUUGAAACAUUCUGUAGCCCUAGUGUCGGCUUUUCAGUGAUCGAGAGAAACUAGAACGUGAUAUGAGUAAUGUUCUGUCGUAUUGUAUUCAUAGUUCUUGAGGGCGAAGAGGUCGAAAAGGAACACUGCUUUUUGGAAUUUACUAAAGGAAAAGGAGUCUCUCUCUUGCCGAUUUCUCCACGGUGUUGGGUAAACGGAGUGGCCAUAUCUCAGUCUACCAAACUCAAUCAAGGUAAGCUAUUUCUUAAGAUGUACUGCUAAAGACUUGCACAAGACCAAAAGUAAUGUUAUCACAGGUCAGCAAACAGGACCUUGGGGUCCUUAUUGGCUCUUGCCCACCUUCACUUUCCCCUUGCCAAUCAGGGCGUCGGAUUUUAGCGACAAAACUAGAAUUAGAAAACACAACCACAUGCCAAUCACGGGAAAACUUGCAAGCAAUACUAUGGAUCGGACUCCUUUUUGAAAUUCAUUGUAACACUGAUUCAGAUUUAUGCAAGCGGCGCCAAGAUCAAGAAAAUACAUCGCCCAGCUCGUACUAAUUAGAGCACGUUGCACUUGCGACGAACCCAGACUUACGCGUAAUGAGACGUGUUCAAAGUGUGGACUUGGCCUGAUGAGACUCGCUUUUUCUUGUUCGUAGGUGAUGUUAUCGUCCUUGGCAAGAGUGAUGUUUUCAAGUUCAACUAUCCAACCGAGGCGGCAAAACUCAGAGAGAAGCGACGAUCAGGAUUGUUCGGCAUGGUACGUUUUGUUGUUGAAAUGUCUUUGUUCGCGUAGAGGUAAAAUCUACAAAUCGACACUGUUGUUGAGUUUGUAUGUCUUAGGGCGUAUUGUGGCAUUCGGUUUCUUCAUUUAUGGGGAUAUAAACAAACGCGCUCAAACAUUUCGCCGGCUAAAGUUUAAAAAUAAAGAGAGAAAUUAUCAAACACACUCGAAACCUUUGGUUACGUUCCUUUUCUUUCCAGGAAUCCACAGAGUCGUUGACUAAUUUGCAUAUCUCCCCGGUCCGAGGCAGCCACGGGGACCUGAGUGUGAGAUCUGAUUCUUCGUCUCCCAUGACGUUCGACUCUGGGUAAGCCUGCACUAUGCACACAUUCUCUUCUUUUUUCUUUAUGUGACUUUAAAAUAAAAACAGUUCCUUUGAUGUUUUUUGUUAUCCUUUUUGUUAACUUUCGCAGGGUUGAAUUGGAUGUUCCUGUUUCGGGCGAAACUUUGGAGGAAGUCAUGUUAGUGCAAGCCGUUUAUGAGUUUACUUUUUGAAAACGUUUAAAUGCAUGUAACGCGUAGGUCGUCAUCUUUUGUUGUGUUUAACAAUCCUUUCCAUUAAAUAGUUUACUUUCUGAUUCUUUCCCGGCAGGCAUCAAGUGUCGGAUUUGAUCGCUAAGCACAAAGAAGCUGAAGUAAGACGACUAGAGAUCGAAAAAGCUUUCCAGAUAGAAAUUGACAGUAAACAAAACGAAAUCGACGCUCAGAAAGAUUACAUACAAAAUUUACGCGAGCGACACGAGACUAAGUCACAAGAAGCACGGCAGGAACUUGAGCUAGUUCGCUUAAGCAUGGACAAGAAACACGAAGAUGCUAAAAGCGAAAUUGAGCAACAGCUGGAAGAAUUGUUUGAGAUGAAAUAUAGACAUGAAAAAAAUGUACAGGAAUCUGCUGAGGAAAUUGCAAAGGAGAGAGAGGAGGUUGCGAGGUUUAUGGAGGGAGAGUGGCAGAAGGUCAUACAAUAUGAGACGAAACUUGCGGAGAUUGAGCUUCAGAGACGUAAGGCUUUGGUCGAAGCAGAGAUUCAACGGGAGACGCAGGGAGAGCAGCAUACUUUUGUGCGAGACAGAGACUUGAAAGAAAUUGAAGAUGAACAGGUUAAGUUGUUAGAAAUGCGAGAAAAUCUUGAAACAGCAAAGGUGCAAGCGGAAAAGCGGUUAAACGAGGAUAAAUCAACGCUCGAGCACACGAUUAAGAAAGAUUUGAGUGAACUGGAAGAGGUUGAAAAGAAAAUUAAGUUGCUAGAGGAAAAGCACGAUCAAUACUUGGAAUAUUUCAGCUCUAUGGAACAUUCCCCAGGUGGCGCAGAGGAUGAGCAAAGCUUGGGAGAGGCCGAUACAAUGACAACUUUAGAUUUCAGCGAGAAGCGGAGGCGCAUCUCGGAUGUAGUUCCACCAAGGGGUCAACCAGUUGCAUUUGAUCUGCGAACGUCUCGACCAUUUAGCUGGAAUUUCACCGAAUCCAGCCAACAUUCUUCUGAUUCGGAAGGAGUUGAAGAGGUUCUUGCGCAACAGCUACAUAGCUUGACGACACUUAAAAUGGAAAAAGAAGAACUGAUUGAGAAAACGCGAGGUGCUUUAGCGGAGCAGAUAACGGACGUGGAAUUUUACGGCCAACAAAUCUUGGAAAAUGAAGAGAAAAUUACGCAACUGGAAGAACGCUUCAAAGCAACGCGGCAGCAGCACGCUGAGAAAAUUCGUUUGUGUUUGGCAAACUUAAAAAAUAAGGAGGAAGACGAAAUAAGCGUCAUAGACCAAGAACGCGAAAAAUACAGGGAGCUUUUAAUGAAGGAAUACGGCGAGAUUGAGAAUUUAAUUGUGGAGACGUUUGAGACUGAGAAUUCUAGUGCCGACUCAGCCGUUUUGUCAGAAGACGAAGAAAUAAACUUUUCAGGCGAGAGGGAGAGAAAAAAGGGGGAAGUUCUUGGAUUGGUGAAAAGCAGGUUGACUACUAUAGGUUCAGAAAACGAUGAUUUAUUUCUUGAGUAUGUUGCUAAACGCGCCCAUUUUGAGAAAGAUGAAGAACGAGUCCAUGAACAACAAAGACGCAUCUCAGACCACAUGUUAGAUGGAGCUAAAGAAAAAGAAAUUGCAAUUCUUAAACUUUCAGGACAGAAGGAGAGAUUUCAUGUGGAAAGAGCGAGGGAGCGAAGGUUAAUAAAUGCGAGAAUAAAGCGGCUUUCUCGUGUGAAGUCGUCUGGUGAUCUUCAUAGCGAAGAAAUGUUGGAGUUUUUCAAGGAGGAGGCAAGAAAACUCCGAGAGGCGUUUGAGAAAGUCGAUGACAGUGAAAGCAGGUAAGAUUUCUUGUGAUGUUUAAAACAUUUUAUCGUCUGUUAGCCAACAUGCAGACGUCUCCGUUUGCGUCAGUUAGACUACUGCUCGCAGAAAUAGCUGGAGCAGAGUUCUUCUGUAGUUGAAUUCCAAUGAAGAAAUGUGCAAAUUUAAAGAGAGAAAUGAAAAUUCGUCGUCGCUUGUUUACGUUCUCGAUGAAAAGUGAACUGAUUAGGCUUUUUCACGUCUUAUUCGUACAGUGGCGGCAAAGAAAUGUGCCAAACAAGUCUGCUACACGUGUAAAGUUGUUGGUGCUGGAUUGCUUUCUUGACCUUUUCGUUGCCUUCGCCGUCGUGAUAUCGGAAACCGGUCGUUGAUAUCGGAAACCGGUCGUUUCGAAACAAAAAUUUCGAUCACUUCAAGUUAAGUUUGCAAUUGAACAAGAAAAACAUUUUGGGUGAAUAUAGCCAAGUACGUAAAACCAUUUACACCUCGAAGGAAUUAACCUGCAUCGAAAGGACCGUUAACCGUGAUAGUAUCUGCCAUAUCUUAAAUUCCCUAAUCUCACUUCAUUCACUUCAGCCGUCAGUUGGUUUUCUGGGAGUCCUUGACUUUGAUUGUACAGUCAUGUAACACUUCCAGUAUAACUUGGUUGUGAUUUUAUAAAUUUUCCCAGGCUUCUAUAUGAGCGGCGGGAAAGAGAAAACAUCAAUCUACAGUUGGAGGAAGCGCGUGCUAAGCUUCGGACCAGCGAGGAAGACAGAGAGGAUUGCCUGGACAAACUUAAGGAUCUAGAAAAUCAAAAACUUCAGAAGGAGAAGGAAAUUCUUGAAUUGAAACAGAAAAUGGAAGAAGAAAAACAGAGAUAUGUUGAAAACCUCAAGUAAGAUUCUAUUUUUGUUGAAGUGAGUGGACACGUUAGUCUGAUACUCCCUGUUCUCUCAUGUGAUGGCUUCAAGAACAAGAUCUCAAAUUAAUUCAUCAGCUGAGAGAGAGGAAGAAAUUUCAGUAACUGACCUCGGCAAGUUCUAAAGAUUUUGUAUUGUCUUUCUAACGUUUUCAUGUUUUGUUUUCUCUCCAGGACAGGAGAUUACGAGGUUAUCGAGAAACCUCUUGGUAAGUUACAUUUUGGCAAACUUUGAAACUUAGUGACUUAAAGGAGGCCUUUAUUCUCAGACUUUGUCAUGUCCUGUCUUUUUGCAGUCAAUCGGCUUCACAUAAAGUUCCGUGUCCUUGGAAACCACGCCGCCGCAGAAGUUCUUAAAGAGGCACUACUUGUUUCCAGUCUCCCCGAGAUGAUCAGGUCGAUUCCAGUCUCCUCUCAUCAUCCAGUGUCCGAGGAUUCGUCUCACGGUGGCUGGAUGUAAGAAUCAUAUUUUUGUUUCCGUUUGUUUUGUUUUGUUGUUUGUUUGUUUCAGAGCGUUGAGAGUUUUUUUUAUUGCUUAGUAUCUACUGUAGGUAAUGGUCAUUAUUAGAUUCUCAGACGGGGACGGUUAUUAGAUCGAGAUUUUUUCAGUGCGAGGUAUUGCUUGCACGUGAACCAGCGUCAUUUUGGCGGGAAAACGCGUUAGUCGUCGUCAUUCUAUUACGGGUUUUAGCGAAAAUGUCGUAGUGACGGAAACAAGUUUCCAAGUUGCUAUCAUUUUGCGACCGGGGCAGGGGUUAACCUCCUUUAAUAAAAAAAAAUGGUGUUGACUAUUCUGGUGAAAAAAAAAAUAGUAAAAUAAAGCUUUCCGGGGUGUAUAUUUUUUGAGAGUACGCGAAAGAAUCUGGAAGCGAAAUAUCUUUCUCGAAUCUAAAGGUCUCUAUAUCCUGUAUCCCUAGAAACAAACAUCAGUCAGAGUAGCUGUAUCUAAAGUAAACUGACAGAACUGCGCAGACAGUCAAUAAACCAUGAACCAGUCAGUUCGCAGGGGAGAAGCAGUUAUAUGUAGUUGUCGCGAGGCGCGGGAAAACGACAGUGAACAAGUCGACUAGUUUGGGUUUUAUUCCUGAUUGGUCAGUCAGCGUAAGAAAAGAAAUUCACUCGUGCGAGAGAGACAAGACAGGUUUUAACUUCUGAUUGGUUGACUGAGAAAGCGCGAGAUUUUUCCGCAGCCAAUCACAAAGCGUAGCUGUAAAUUUAACCUGCGUUGCGGCCGGACUUGUCAAUCAAGACCUAAAUAGAGAACUCGAUAAAGUUUACUGUAAAUUUAGACCGUCCUUUUUGUAAUCAUUGCUAUGUUGCACUCGUAGGUUUCAUAGCAUUCAGAGGGAUGUUACAAUAGCGAGGAAACGACAAGAAGGACCUAAUGGUUUUCUGCACUGGUAAGAUAAGCGAAUUAAAACGCACUACAAAAAUAAAUAACAUCUUUAGUAAGGAAAGAGAAACGAGAGAAAUUAUUGCAGGCCCAAUUUUACUGCACCGAUUAAAGUCCCUCUUAAGUACACUUGGGUAAAAAAAAAAAUUUCAUAAUUUGCAUAAUUUCCCCAAAAAUCCUUGGGACAAGGUUGUUGUGUUGCGAACUCCAUCAGUGCUAGUCAGACAUCUUGUUCUCAAGUAGACACGAACUGUCCAGUUUCUUCCCAUAUUUUUCGUAAAACGAUCCCGUAUUAAACCGCCGCCUGGUUAUCUCAAUUGGGAGAGCGCCGGUCUGCUGAGCGGGAGGUCGCGGGUUCGAACCCAACCGGACCAACACUCAGGGGCUUUAAAUAACUGAGAAGAAAGAGCUGCCUUUGUAAUGACAUCUGCAGACAGUUAGACUUUCUAGUAUUCUCGGAUAAGCACGAAAAACCGUAGGUCCCGUCUCACAGCACUUACACUUAUCUGGUUCUUGUGGGACAUAAAAGAACCCACACCACUGUUCGAUAAGAGUAGGGGACGUAGACCCCGAUGGUGUGGCCAAUUUUCACGCAUCAGUCACAUCAUGGGUUGGAUGGAUACAGUAGGCUCAUAAAUGGACUGAGAGCGGCUGCCAGUGGCGCCUUUGUAUGCUGACGUCCGAGCUUACUGUUCACAUAUUAAUGUAUACUGUUAGAAAAAAAAAAAGCACUUUAUUUGAGUGUCAAUGUAUUCAGCACGAAAGCACUAAUUGGGGACACUUUUUUUACGUCUCCUACCGAUGACGGGACCACCAUUUUACGUGGUCAUCCGAGCCACGCGAAGGUCCAACCGUUAAGGCAGUACCUUCAAUUCUCAGUUAUUUUUAAGACCCUGAGUAUUGGUCCGGUCCCGGGAAUCGAACCCGCGACCUCCCGCUAGUCAAACUCUCUGCCGACUGAGCUAAUCCUGCCGCGGUAAGAGGGCACGUCUGUUGUCCUCUCAUCCAUGACUCCUUCCUUCCUUCCUAUUAAUAAGACACUUAAAGCGGUUAAAACAGGUUUCACUGAAUAAAGUUACUCUUUAUCUUCUGUUAGUUUCAUGGGUCGAGGAAUCGUUGAAGCAUCACCACUGACUGUAUGGGAGGCUGUCAAGAACCCACUAUCCAGAUAUAUUUAUGACAACAUGCUCAAGGUACUGUCCUUUAUCUGUUUUCACAAGCUGGUGGGACGUAAUACUACGACUUCCAUGUCGUCGUCAGAACUCAAGGCGUGAGAAGCUAGGGUACGAGCAGUUAGCAGAGAGAAACGCGAUUGUUGGUGUUUGGGUGAAAUACGUCAUAGAACGUCCGCGAUCUUCCGGCCCCAGAGCCGGUCGUUUCGUUAGGUCCCAUUGCGCUUUGGAGAAAAGCAUGUUCAGAAAUGCUACGGGGUAUAUUGCGAACGCUCAAUUCGACAGAAGGGAAACUUAGUUACUUUUUCUACCAUUCUAUAGCACUGACCACCGCAAAGUUGUGACCGAACUGCAAAGAAUUUGCAGCCAAUCAAAUCAAUGACUUUUCAGUCUUUUUGCAUAGGCGUGCGGCCUUAAAGUAGAUGCGAAAACGUUAAUUGAUACCCUGCUUACCUGUUACAGUUUGUCUCAACCGACUUGGUUCUUUCAAACACCAUUAAAAAUGCUUUUACUCUAUAUCUAAGAUAAUUAUCCUCUUUGUUUGUUUUUCCUUUUACUGCAGAAAAUAAAUAUUGUAGAGCAUGUCGAAGAAGGGCUUAAAAUUGGUAAGUGAUGUUUAUCGACAGGAAUCCUAAUUUAGUUAAUCAAUCCUUAAUUGAUUGUUUUCCGAAUCUCGUCCCCAGCGUCUCUCGUUCCGCUUCCUGUUCCGAUGUCAUCCCUUUCCUUUCAAUCCAUUAUAGUAUAUACCCCCCGAGACAUAGCUCAUUUCGCCCCAUCUAAGGUAUUUAACAAUUAUUCUUCGAGCCCGAAUGGGCUCUGAGUCAAUAGCCCAGAAGGCCGAAGGCCGAAUGGGCUAUCGACUCAGAGGCCAUGAGGGCGAGGGGAAUAAUUGUUUUAGUAAAAUCCAACUAGUUUGUCAAAAAUAUCGAGACAAAACAACUUAAACUAGCAAAACGCGAUUCAGCCGCCAUUGUUUUGGUUUUCAAAGCUGGCGCUUUUCGCUACUAGUGGGCUAUAAUAUAUAGUCCAGUAGUAGCUCAACCAAUCAGAACGCAGCAUUGAUAAUAGACCUCUAGUUGGAUAUAGCCUUGGAAUCUGGAUUCCAGGCACUGGACUCCGGAUUCCUUAAGCUGAAUUCUGAAUUCUAAGCUCAGGAUUCCGGAUUCCACAAGCAAAAAUUUCCCGGAUUCCUGAAUCCGGAUUACCUUGUAUGGGCGACUCAUUAUAUUUCUUUCUAUUUCAGUAUACAUGCUUCACGAGACAUCGCAGUGCUUCAUGACUCACUCACGUGAUUUUUGUUACGUGAGCAAAGAACGUAUUGAGGUGAGUAAAUGUGGUAUUUGCCCACCUACCCCUCCCCCUAACCCUGAUUUUGCGUGAGUGAGUGAGUGAGUGAGAAGUAAUAUAUCAAACAUGAGACGUAGUGUUUCAUCACUAGAUGAAACACCGAGAAGAGAGUUGAAAAUACGAGGCGCAGCGGAGUAUUUUUGACGAACUUCGAGGUGUUUCAUCUGGUGAUGAAACACUGUGUCGAAUGUUUGAUAUUUCUUCUCAAACAAAAUCGUUUUUGAAGGAGAAAUUAAGGAUGCAAAAAUGAGCAGUUUUUCAUCUGAUAUGCAAACACUCAUUAAACAUUAAUUUCCUUUGAAUUUUCUUUAUGAAUUAUUAAUGAGUUUGAGAAGUUAGUUUUAACAUUGGUUUAGGGGAGGGGUAGGUGAGUAAUUUCCUCCGAAACUUUUACUUAUCCGGUAUCUGUUUAGGAUGUCGCGGAUUGCAAUCCUUGUUUAACACGAACGUUUCUUUUUCAUUUAAGCUUCUGUUCAUAAAAAAGUUUUAAGUUGUCCUAACUCACUGUGUUUUCUCCGCUAUUCUAGGGCGAAAAGUAUGUCCUUGCAUCUCAGUCAAUCGAACAUCCCAAAUGUCCACUGUCGCCUUCAAUUAUUCGCGGCCAGGUUAGUAAGUCCAAGACCAAAGGGGUUGUAGUCACGUGGUACAUGAUUGAUAUGUACAUAGUCGAACCUCCAUAAGCGACCACCCAGCCAAAACACUAAAAAGUUUCCCAGUCAAAGCCUUACAGUUGGAACCUCUAGUAAACGGCCACCUCCUGUAAGCGACCGCGACCACCUUUUGAGCCUGACAGUUAUGAUUUCUAUUGUUUUUAACCUCUUGUAAGCGACUGCUUGACACAUUCUCUGAUCUCUAUUUUCGCUGUGUGCACUAUGCUACUUAGAGUAUACAAAGAACUUUAGUGACAACAUGGAACUACACACUCGCAACUUAGACAUUGCGUGCAACAAAUUAUCUUCCAUAAAGUAGAUGUACCUAGACCUCUUCUCGAAAUAGGCGCCCUGUGGUCGAAUUCUUGUAAACGACCACCUCCCGUAAGCGACCACUCAGUCUUUGGAUUUUUGGUGGUCGUUUACGGGAGGGACGGUAGGUGUUCGAGUGUAUUUUGGUUUUUAAUUCGUCACUAGGAAACUAGACCGAGUGAUCUUUCGCAAUGACUUCUGGGCCUGUUAGCGAUCCCGGAAACAAUUGCGGGACGCAUUUCGGCUCCAGUUCCCUUGUCGUUUCUAGAGUGGCGAAUUUCGUCUGUUCGAGUCUGGUACCAAUUUUACUUCCUUUGUCUUGGAAUAAGGCAAUUCAUGUAAAGGGUUCGAGAAGGAAAAUAAGUCAACAAGGAUAAAAUUGAACUAAAACACAGUUACUUAACAUCUUCUCGUCAUCUAAGUUUUCUCUCUCCUUUCCCCAUAGAUUAUUUCCAGUGGAUGGAUUGUCGAGCCGAUACAAGUUGAUGGCAAAGAUUGUUCUCUUGUGUGGUACAUCACCAAGGUAGUUAUGUGCAUUGAAUAAAAGGUUAAGGCAAAGUCAGAAUUCAACAACAUUCGCCAGUUCUACAUCUGCCACAAUGCACCUUGUUUGUCCCCGAUAAUUUUGCAUAGCCUUUGUUUUGUAAGUCUUGGUUUUGUUUUCUCGUAGGUACAUCUAGGCUCAUCAUCUCUUCCGUGGAGGUUAAUCGAUCUGCUAUCCAAAAGACAGCCUCUCAGUAUUGCUUAUCUACGGAGUUAUCUGACACCACCUUAAGUAAAGGGAGGUUUAUUCGUGUGCUGUCAAAACGAACAGUCACUUGCGCACCUACGUACAAAACUACAUGAGUUUUAUUUUAAAGGAACUUAACCUGUUUUUCAGCUAUUCAUUGUCCAGUGUAAAGAAGUAGUCUACACGGAAACGCUCCAUCGCUUUCGUAAUUCAAGGGACGAAUGGUUUAACAUUUUCUUUUUGACAUGAACGUCAGUCAGUGUAUUCUGAUUGACUGGAACAUUUAAAUAUGUUUAAGGUGGCUGCACAAAGUUUUGGCAGUUUGUGAGUAUAUGUCAUUUGCCAAAUCGUGGUAAGAGAAAGGUUGCAGCUCACAAGCUGAAACUUGGCGAGUGAAAAAUACAGUACACUGAUGAAAGAUUUUGAUUGACAGGUAAAAUUUGACGUUUUUAUAGUUUUCAUGGCAACACGAACGAUUGAAUACAACCUUAAAAUUUCACUUUUGCUCAGUUUACAUAAAACGUUUCCUCUAAACUUGCACACAGCUUACUAUAAUUAAUCAUUACCAUUUGAAAUUCAUUUGACCAAAUUUUGACAGACGGGUUUUUAGAUAAUCAAUAAUACAAUUGUGCUGAAAUUAUUAAAUCUGUCACAAAAUUCGUCUGUUCAACUUCCAUUUUAAAGUUCUCAUUAUUCAAAAUAAAAAUUCUGCCAAAUAUCACAAAAUUCUAAUGAGCAGAUUUUGGGAAAUCGUCUUCUGUGUACCAUUGCUUUUUUCACCAUGUUUGUUGGUUUAAUUUAAAACACGCGCUGUCACGCGAGGUAAGGCUGACCGCCCGCAAAUCUGUGUUCAGCCACCUUAAGCAAAUCAUCGAACAUUUGGCAAACGAAUGCCAAGUGGAAAUCGCUUCGUAGAAUAUAAUUUUUUUAGAGUUAAGUUGCUUUAUUAUAGGAAGGAAAGAGAAUUCGUCCAUUCACUCUUAAAAGAUAACCGAAAAUAGUUUUUGAACCUCUCAUUAAGGUAUCUAAGCGACUAUUGCGUAAAGUUUUCUUUUUAAUACGUUUAUGUUAGCAUGUUACUUACAUAGGAAAAGAUACGUUAGGAAUAUAACGUAAUGGUUAAUUUAUAUAACUUAAUAGAUAAUUUAAUUGGGAAUUUUAAAUCAUUUAAGCAAAGCUCGUUCAUAUUUUCCUGGCGCGCACUCAAUGUUUUUAUCGCUAGCGUUGGUCAAAAUGAACUAAAACGUUUUCCUGUUCAGGGUAUUUGAUGCCCCAAAAAAUUCAGGAUAUAAUUAAAAGUGUAGUGGUGUGAAUUAGUCACUAAAUUUGAAGAAAACCUCGUAUUUGAACUGAAAGUUUAAAAAAAUGUAGAAUAUUUUGCAAAAUUUAAAGAGAUUUUAAUAGUAAGAAAACAGUGGGUUUAUUAAGAGUUAAUGGUAUAUUUCCUAAGUUGGAAUCGGGUAAAAUACUUAAAUGUUUGUGCAUGGUUGAUACCGAAAGGCGUCUUCUUCGGAUAACAGUUUUAAUAUAAAAAAGAUUUGCUUCUGUGAUCGACUUUAUCAGCUGACUUAUUUGCCGAGUAAGCCAUCAACCUCGUUUGCGCCUGUUUUUGAACCAAAGAAUAUUUAAUCGCUUGCUCAAUUGUCAACUGUAGUAAUAAUUAUUGUUAUCAUAAACCUACGGACUGGAGGUGAACAAUGGUAGAUAUUUGCAGCUUAAUUGUGUAAUUAAUAUCUUUCCACCCGAAACUUUAACUUAUCUUCUAACACUGAUUUUAACGCAUAGAUAUGAAAAAUCUCGCGUGAUAUUCCUUCUGGUGAACGAGAAUGUUACUAGGAGGUAAAUUAACAAAUGCUUCUCACCAGUCAGUCACAGAUCUCAUGAAACAAUAUUUACUUGUGUGAGAUUUAUACUAGCAAAAUAAUGAUAGUUUUGAUAAUCCAAAGUCGGUAUAUUUAAUAUCAAACUACCAAGUGUUUUUGGAAUUUUCUAUACUUAAAAUUAGAGCAAACUAGUUUCGUUGGUGAUCAAAAUUUAUACCAUAGUUUUUCGAAAUACAUUUCGCUCUGGAACAUUCUUUGGGAAAAUAAACUUAAAAG